AUGAGUUUUCUCUCGAGAGUUUCUUCGAGAAGUCUUUGUCCGAGCUUGAAUUCAUUAAGAUCGAAUGUCUUAACACGCUCCUUGGCAGCUCAAGCAACUCAGUCACGUAACACCGAUGCCAAACAUACCACAGGCAAUCGCAUUGCUUCCAAUUAUAAAAUCAUCGAUCAUACCUAUGAUUCUGUCGUAGUUGGCGCUGGAGGUGCUGGUCUCCGGGCUGCAUAUGGUCUUUCAACAAAUGGCUUUAAAACCGCCGUUAUCAGUAAAUUGUUUCCUACACGUAGUCAUACUGUUGCCGCACAAGGUGGUAUCAAUGCUGCAUUGGGAAAUAUGGAGGGUGAUGAUUGGCGAUGGCAUAUGUAUGAUACAGUUAAAGGCUCUGAUUGGCUUGGAGAUCAAGAUGCUAUUCAUUAUAUGGCUGAAGAAGCUCCACGUGCUGUUGUUGAACUGGAAAACAUUGGUAUGCCAUUCAGUCGUACACCUGAAGGAAAAAUUUUACAACGUGCCUUUGGUGGUCAAUCGUAUGAUUUUGGUCGUGGUGGUCAGGCCCGUCGUUGCUGUUGUGUUGCUGAUCGUACAGGUCAUGCUAUGUUGCAUACUCUCUAUGGUCAAUCAUUAAAAUAUAAUACAGAUUAUUUUAUUGAAUAUUUUGCUUUGGAUCUAUUUAUGAACCAAGAUAAAACACAAUGUCUCGGUGUCAUUGCCAUGAAUCUUGAAGACGGUAGUCUUCAUCGGUUCCGUGCCAAUAAUACUGUCUUAGCAACUGGCGGCUAUGGACGUGCCUACUUUUCGUGUACAUCAGCACAUACAUGUACUGGCGAUGGUAAUGCUAUGGUUACUCGUGCUGGUCUUAAAAAUCAAGAUUUAGAAUUCGUUCAAUUCCAUCCUACUGGUAUUUAUGGCGCUGGUUGUUUGAUGACUGAAGGUUGCCGCGGUGAAGGUGGUUUUCUUAUCAAUAGCAAUGGUGAACGUUUUAUGGAACGAUAUGCACCUGUUGCUAAGGAUCUUGCAUCCCGUGAUGUCGUUUCACGUGCAAUGACCAUUGAGAUUCGUGAAGGACGUGGUGUUGGAAAGGAAAAAGAUCACAUCUACCUUCAAUUAAGCCAUUUGGAUCCAAAAUUAUUACACGAACGUUUACCUGGUAUCAGCGAAACUGCACAUAUCUUUUCUGGCGUUGAUGUUACCAAACAACCCAUUCCGGUCCUACCAACAGUUCACUAUAAUAUGGGUGGUGUACCAACCAAUUACAAGGGUCAAGUUAUUCAAGAGAAGAAUGGUAAAGAUGUCGUCGUCAAAGGUUUAUACGCAGCAGGUGAAGCAGCAUGCGCUAGUGUUCACGGUGCGAAUCGCUUAGGAGCCAACUCCUUACUGGAUUUGGUCGUUUUUGGCCGAGCAUGCGCCAAUACAAUUUCUGCCGAAAAUAAACCAGGAGAAUCAUUUGCUGAAUUGCCAUCGAAUGCCGGUGAAGCUUCAAUAGCCAAUUUAGAUCGAAUCCGUAAUGCGAAUGGAUCGAUUUCAACCGCUGACCUUCGUCUCAAAAUGCAAAAGACCAUGCAAAUACACGCUGCCGUCUUCCGAGAUGGUGAAACAUUGAAAAAAGGCUGUGAUCUUAUGGAUGGUAUCUUCCAAGAACAAAAGAACCUUAAAAUCAAAGAUCGUGGCGUCAUUUGGAAUUCGGAUUUGAUUGAAACAUUGGAAUUGCAAAACUUAUUAUUGAAUGCAAUGCAAACCAUCUACGGAGCCGAAGCACGCAAAGAAAGUCGAGGUGCUCAUGCACGCGAAGAUUAUCCUAAUCGUGUCGACGAAUAUGAUUAUUCAAACUUAGAAAAGAAUCCCAUCGCCAAUCAAAAGAAGAAAUCCGUGGAAGAACAUUGGCGCAAGCAUACAUUAUCUUAUACAGAUCCUGAUACAGGAAAAACAACAUUAUCCUAUCGAGCAGUUAUUGAUCAUACAUUAGACCAAAAUCGUUGCCAAUCCGUACCACCCAAACCUCGUGUCUACUAA